AUGGAAUCGAUAUCAUUAAUAGUGUUAAAGUUGAUAGUAUCAUUCUUGGAGAAUAAUGUUGAUAGGUUGAUGUUUUCAAUGCCACAACAAAUCUACCUCCAAUCCUACCGCAAUGACAAUUGGAAGUCAUUCUACGACCAAUCCUUCGUCAUCAACAAUGAGUCAGGUGAUGGAUGGAAGAAGCAAGUAUUGGAUAUACCAAACAUUGAAGGUAUCAAUUUAAAUGAUUCUGAUUUUAUUUAUGGCUUCUGGAACAAAUUGGUGGAAGUGCUCAAUCAAAGACCAAAUGUUGGUGCUCAUCUCAAUUUGAUCCGUAACAGAUUCGAGUGCACCCUGCGCCACAUACCCCUGACCGAACUCAUUAUAGAGUAUAAUGAACCUGAUCACCCAGCAUUGACUGGUCUGGACUUCAAUCACUUCGAACACUCUUUAUCCCGCCCACUCAUGAUGGGCAGCCCUUGA